AAACCUAAGGAGAAGAGAGGAGCUGGCACCACCGCCUAACUCGCCAUUGACACACCACCAAAGCUCUGUUUUAAUUACUUUAUUUUCUCUACACACAUCGAUAAAGAUAGAUAGACACACACAGACCUAAUAAAGUCUUUAUUUAAUUGCACUCACUUUUUAACAUCAAUUCAACGGUUCAAAAAUCGUAAAAGAAAAACGUUUUUGUUUGUGUGUUUCUUUGAAGGUUACAACUUUAACCCUAAUUACUGAUACUCUGUCUCAAUCUUCUUCUUCUUCCUUCUAAUUCAUCAUCUUCUUCCUCUCUUUCUUCUAAGCUACUUCUCCUGAAUUUCGUAUUUGAUCCGUUUAAUCCAAGUUUCGAUAUUUUUUUAUAUAACACCUGAGAUUUUGUGAUAAGAGGAAACAGAGUAAAUAAUGGCGAACAGAGAUGUGGAGAGAGGAGGGAAGAGAAACAGAGGAGCUAAUAACAACAACUAUUUCUACGAUGAGUCUUCCGGCGAAACUCAUUGGACUUCGUGGCUCAUUCCGGCGAUUGUAGUGGCGAAUCUCGCCGUCUUCGUCGCUGUGAUGUUUGUUAAUGAUUGUCCUAAGAAAAUCACAGGCGCUAACAAAGAGUGUGUUGCUAAGUUCCUCAGAAGGUUCUCGUUUCAGCCACUUAAAGAGAAUCCUCUCUUUGGUCCAUCUUCUUCAACAUUGGAGAAAAUGGGAGCAUUGGAAUGGAGGAAAGUGGUACAUGAACAUCAAGGAUGGAGACUUCUCACUUGUAUGUGGCUUCACGCUGGCAUCAUUCAUCUUCUUACCAAUAUGUUGAGUUUGAUCUUCAUCGGUAUCCGCCUUGAGCAGCAAUUUGGCUUCAUAAGAGUUGGGCUUAUCUACUUAGUAUCGGGUCUCGGUGGAAGCAUACUUUCAUCGCUUUUCCUUCAAGAAAGUAUCUCUGUUGGUGCCUCGGGUGCGCUCUUUGGACUUCUUGGAGCAAUGUUAUCUGAACUGCUCACCAAUUGGAUAAUCUAUGCUAACAAGGCAGCUGCUCUGAUCACUCUUCUAUUCAUCAUUGCAAUCAAUUUAGCACUAGGAAUGCUUCCUCGGGUUGACAAUUUCGCACACAUUGGAGGGUUUUUAACCGGAUUCUGCCUCGGGUUUGUCCUCCUUGUCCGACCACAGUACGGCUGGGAAGCUUCCCGCACCAACACUGCGCGAAACAAACGCAAGUAUAGCAUGUACCAGUACGUGCUGUUCGUAGUUGCAGCGGUUGUACUUGUGGUUGGGUUAACUGUUGGAUUAGUGAUGCUGUUCAAAGGAGAGAAUGGGAACAAACAUUGCAAAUGGUGUCAUUACCUCAGCUGUUUCCCAACUUCUAAAUGGACCUGCUAAUCAUCAUCAUGGCCAUCAUCAUAAUCAUAUACAGUAUAAGCUUUUAUAUGUGAUCUUGUUAACAUUUAAUUUCUAUGAUCUCUCUAGCCUUUGAUUACUUUAUAUAUGUACAUUACAAAAUUCGUCUUGUGUAAAAAAAAAAGGGAUAGAAACAAAAGAGUGUAUUAUUAUUACAUUUGAAAACCAUACUUCUCAAAA